GGAGUGCGCGCGGUUCCUGCCUCUCUGGCCCGCGCGUCCUUAGCCUAGUAGAUAUCCCAGAGUUCAGCGCGGCGCUAGCCCUUCCGCCACGGUCGCCAUUGGAGAGUAGCAGCCAUGGCUCUUCGGUAUCCUAUGGCCGUGGGCCUCAACAAGGGCCACAAGGUAACCAAGAACGUGAGCAAGCCCAGGCACAGCCGCCGCCGCGGGCGUCUGACCAAACACACCAAGUUCGUGCGGGACAUGAUCCGGGAAGUGUGUGGCUUUGCCCCAUACGAGCGGCGCGCCAUGGAGUUGCUGAAGGUCUCCAAGGACAAACGGGCCCUCAAGUUCAUCAAGAAAAGGGUGGGGACACACAUCCGGGCCAAGAGGAAGCGGGAGGAGCUGAGCAAUGUCCUGGCCGCCAUGAGGAAAGCUGCUGCCAAGAAGGACUGAGCCCCCUCCCCUGCUGUCUCCCUGAAAUAAAAAACAGCUGCGCUCAA